CCUCCCUUUGUGCCGGCAAGGGAGGCUCUGGAUGGUGAGGUUUCAGCCAUCAGAGGACGCCCAACGCCGGCCGACUUGGGUCUUUCAGCCUCCAUCAGCCAACGGAUUUUUCGGGGUCCUGGAAUUCCCACUUCCCACUUCCCACUUCCACCUGUUUGCUGUUCCGGGCAACCGGCUGUGCUGGCUAUUCUGACCACCAGUCUAUUCCAGUACGAGUGAAACCUCUGCUCUUC